AUGAAUUCCGACCCGCCACGUAGGCGCUUCGUGCCCGAGCCGAUUGAGACGACCUACAAUUCCCAUCACGCCUCCCAUUUGCCACCCGGCCGCGUUCACAUCGGUCCCAACCCAGAGCUUACUCCGGAGCCAUCACCGCGCUCUCGUUCCCCGGCGUCGGCAUGUCCUCGCAUUAGACGCCGUUUUGCCCCCCAGCUCAUUGAAUCCUCGAGAAGGAGUCACCGCGUGGGAGAUCACGGUCCGGCAACACGUCCUGCCGACAAGACUGACAUCACACCAUAUACCAAUCACAUCUAUACUGCAAAGGCCAGGUCAAAGAAGCGGCAUGACGGUGCGGUAGUUGAGGACGAGGGUCUGCGGCAGAAGCAGCCAUCCCGAAGAGAGACAGAGGAGGAAGAGGUCAAGGAGUAUUUACUCGAACUCGCAGCAAAAGAGGUAGAGAGGCAAAUCCAGGAAGAUGCUUUGGCUGCCUUCCCCAACAGUCGCGCUCGUGAGGGUGGUGUCGCCCAUUUCUAUUUUCGGGAUGGCUCGAGCAGCGAGGACUCUGCGGCCGUGAGCCCAGCCGAAGACGAACGUGGCAGGCGUCGGUUGCGAAGAAAGACAUCGAGCCUUGAUCUAAACUGGUGGCAGAGGCACAUGCAAGAGCAUGCGGAAAAGUUGGCCCAUGACAGGGAAGAUGCUGAGAAGGCGGACAAAGUGUUUGAGGACGUGGACAUGACAUCUGAUUCAGAACUGGACAAGAUGGAUCUGACAGUACCACCCGACGCAAUGUGGACCACAAGUCGGCGUGCAUCGCUGGGCGACAGACGAGAUUCUGCAAGUCAACAAGCCGAGGCAAGGAAUUGGGCAGCCGCUAAAGAAGACGAAGCCCUACAUGUGUUGCGGGGCUCCGCCCUCCAAUCUACAAACGCCAACAGAUCUCAACCUCGUGCACAACAACACCUCCCAUCACCACAUUUACAAAAGCAGCCGCCGCAGCAGCAGCAGCAACCGGCAAAUGAAUUUGGUGUUAGAAAUCACCACGAUCCCUUCGUCCGCCCCUUUGCUGCCAUCGGCAUACGGCCCGACGUUGCGCAGCUACAGCGCAUCCGCAAGUUUGUGUCGCCGCCAAUGCUGGGAAAGGAGCUCAAUUUUCGCAAGUGUCCUUCGCCCAAGCAAACAAAGCUCGAGACGGACCACUCAUUUGUCCUGUCACAAAAUGCAAAACAGAAUCGGGACUUGUCGGGCAACGGUGGCCUGUGGAGGGGCUAUUGCUGCAGGUCGGAAUCGACCGGCGGUUACUUGGUUCCGGCGGAGCUGCACCCGCCAGCCAUGAUGGCGACACCCCGAACACCAGGCACCCCCAAAGAAUUGUUCUCGCACGAAGCCGACUGUAUUCUUGCGGUGAGCGACGAGCCGGCAUCUCUGUGGGACGUUGCGGCUGCGGACUCCGCCGGCAGCCCGCCCGGCGCAUGCCCGGGUACGGCCGAGCACCGGCUCCGCAGUGGCGCGCCCAAGGGCCUGCACAUGCUUCACGGCCUCGAUGAGCGCCUGCAGCAGGAAAAGGUGCGCGCCGAGCUCGACGAUAAGAUUGCGCUCGAAUUCAGCGACGAGUUUGUUACGCAAGUUUACAACUACCUCUCGCUAGGCUAUCCGGCCAUGGCGCGCUCUUUUGACGAGGAGCUUUCCCGGAUUAGCCGCAUCGGUGUCGAGGAGCUGUGCCGUGACGACGACAAACAGCUCGCCAAGGGCCACAUGCUCGAGAUGAAUCUCGACGACACUCCCGAGGAGGCGCGCUGCCCGCGCUGGAAAGCGCUGCGCGUGUACAUUGUCGAGUGGGCGCGGCAGCACCCGGACCUUGACAACCUCAACCCUCUCGCGUGGGGCGUGCACGAACGACGAGGCAGCUGGGCCAUAUAA